AUGAAUAGUAAAUUGUAGGUUAAGUCAGAUGAGGGAAAAUUUAAAUAAACUAUUUGUGAAUUUAUCACCAAAGAAGAGGCAUAAUUGACUUAUGAAGAAGAAAAUAUGCAGAAAUUCAAGAGAAAAAUAGAGUUAUUUGAACAGAAUUUAUGCUAAUAUUUCUUUAAAUGUUAUUAAACCAUGAGAUUGGAUUAAUUUGUAGAAAUUAAAGAAAAAUAGGUAACUGGUAAAGAAAAACUACUUGAAUUGUCAAAACAAUUACAUUAGUUAAAAUAAACAAAAAAGAAAUAAUUAUUUUAGCUCAAUUUGAAAGAAUGUUAUUUUACCUAAAAAUUAAGGGCUGCAAAAUGCUUGUUGGAAAAAUUAUGA